ACGCUCAGUCGCACAGAUCGCUUUCGAGCGGUCGGAUCCCGCAAGCAGGAGCGCCUAGAUACGGAUCGUGGCCGUGCAUUAGAAACUGACAGAUAAAGGAGCAUCUAUGGGCUCGAGGACGUGGAUGAGCCACCUUGUUUCGCUGACGUUGCUGGCAACGCUCAUGGCCCGGGUCCUGGCGAAUAAUGAGAUUAACUGCGAGAUUCAGUCUCUCAAUGGAUCCAGCUGGCGUUCCGGCACCGAAGGCGUGGUGUCAUGCAAGUGUGAAGGCGUGCAAGGCCAGAAGAUUACUGUACGGAGGCAGCGCACACUAGAAUCGACGGACUCGUACAACGGCACCGUGAUACACAGGGAUGCGAAUCCCGACAACGAAUGGGAGCGAAGGUAUGAGUGCCUUCUGGAUGGCAUGAGCCAGGUCCAUGUGUGCGUCCGAGUGUACGCCAUGCUGAAUGUGACGGAUUUUCUGUGCCGCAACGUCGUCUAUCACUUGAUGUGCACCUUCAGCCGAGUAGAGAACGCUAACUUCGAGAAAAGAACCCACUACCAGCUGGCGAUGGGCAUGGCCAGGCCAGUCGACUGCAGGAAGUCGGAGGACGAACGCAACAGGCGCAAAAUGGAGUGUGCCGUGCCCAUCGAUCCAAACAGCCUUGUACCGGAGUGGAGGGUAUUCCGGCUGAUGAUGAGGGAUGAUUUGGGCAACCAAACCCAGGAGUUCAGGCGGACAGAACUCGAAAUGAGGCUGCUGAAGUGGUCGAAGCAAAACUACACAAUGAUACAAACGCCCAACAAGACAUGCCUGACGUGGAACGGACCAAUCAUUUACCCGAAUCAAACCAUUGAACUGAACGUGGCGUUCCGUCACUCCAGGCUGCCCAGCUUGUCGAGGAAUUUCACCGUGCUGCUGGAGCGUGAUGUCGGUGUUUUAGACCAGGUCUGCUUUGGAAACCCACCGGAGGGCAACCAGUUGUUCUACGUAAGCUUAAGACGACGUCUCCGGGGUUCGCCCUGGUCGGAAACAUACCCAGAGUUCGGACUGACCACGAAUGCAUCCCUGCCCCUCCGGCCGCCGAAGUUCCUGGUCAAUGGCUUCUCCCACGACCGCACCAAAAGAGAGCUUAAGGUCUACUGGAAGCCGCUCAACGAGCUGGAGUUCAAUGGAGCUGAGCAGACAUACGUGGCGAGCACCAGGGACGGAACCAAAGUGUCCACCACCAAGGACAGGAUGUACGCGGUUUUCACGGACUGGAAUGACACACAUCCGGCCACGGUAUCUGUGUGGAGCAGCAACGUCGUGGGUCGAUCGCUGGAGAGCAACCAGCUAGAGGUGCCCAGCCUGAGUGCGAUCCGGCAUCGGCGGGUUUACUUAGAGAGCUACAACAAGACGACCUUUAUACUCAGCUGGCAAGGGCCAGAGGAUCUUAGAAAUUUCACCGGUUACAUAAUCUAUUGGUGCACGCUCUCCAGCAAAGUGCACGAUGCCUGCGACGAGAAUUCCUCCAUUGAAACGACCUUCGCCAGCGAGCCGACGUUCAAUUUCUCCGGAAUGCAGGGCGUGAUCCGGAUGGCCGUGGCGGCGAACUACAGUGACGGCCUGACCGCAGGGAUGCGGUGGUGGUCGGGUGACAACGAGGUGCCCGAGAAGCCACACAUCAUGCGGUACGUGCAGGGCAUCGUCGCUUUGUUGGUGCUUGGGGCAAUCGUCGUGACCUUCCAGAAGAUGCGCAAAAUGGCGGACAUUCGGGUUGAACUGCCGGAUAUUGAUAAAGAACCCACGGAAAUUUCACUUGGCAGUGAAAGCUUGUUUUAUCCGGCCAACGUUUCGCCGGAGAAGUUCUACGGCGCAGUGAGUAGAAGCGUGAGAUUUGCAGCAGAGGAGCCCACGGUAAGACCGGACCUCCUCCUAGACGAGCAGGAGAUGCCCAAACAGCCACCCAUGCCCCAGGCCUUUCAGUACGAAACCGAUCAGUACGUGACCAUGGGUGCAAUAAGCGCACCCUGCGUUGAUGGGUACAUCAAGCCGCCACCCGUGCGCUGAAAUCUGGGGGAUCUCUCCCCGCUCUUGUUGUAGUUCGCCUGUAAAUAGUCGAAAGAAGCGGAGCCAUUAGUAACUACCCCACCCAGCACUGAAGCCCGCUGACCAGAAGCAUCCUCAUUAAUUAGUUAGUAUUACAACUGUAGGGUUUGCCACCCAUCUGCAAUGCUGCGAAGGAUUUAUUUAUGUACAUACCCAUGCAUGCGACCAGCAUCACUAUAUAGACCUGCGCCCUAUGAGUUACAAGCUCACUCUGCUCCAGCUAAACACUAUUUCGUAUAUUUAAUAAAAAAAUUCUUGUACAGACCAAAGAGAAUUACAAAUAA